AUGUCAACCACGCCGAACGAGGCGGAUCUGGCAUCCCGCUUCGACUUCAAAAAACACAUCUCGUUCCUACUACGGUGUCUACGUCUGCUCCCUCAACCGUACACUUCGGCCGACGACCAACGCAUGACGCUAGGCUACUUUGCCAUUUCAGGACUCGACCUGCUUGGUGCCCUCGAGAAGAUUCCAUCCGGGGAGAAAGCGGAGCUCAUCGAAUGGGUGUAUGACCAGCAGUGCCCAACGGGCGGAUUUCGAGGCUCGCCCAGCUCCACAUCCCCCUCUCCCUCCUCACCCUCGCAAACGCAGAUGGGAGAUGGGGCAAAUGUAGCAAUGACGUACGCAGCACUGCUCAUACUCGCUGUGCUGCAAGACGACUUCAGUCGACUCGACCGCAAAGCACUGUUGCAAUUUGUGGGUGCACUUCAGGAUAAAGGAGGAGAGGGCGGGUUUGCAGCAGAGGAACAAGGGGCGGCAGGUGGGGUUGUGGAUCGCGAUCCAAGGUUCACGUACUGCGCGAUUACAAUCUGCUCGAUGCUGGGUGAAUGGAAGGGGAUCGACAAGCGGAAAGCGAGGCAGUAUCUGGAGGGAUGUCAAAGGUACGACGGUGGAUUUGGAGCAAGCAAGGUGCACGAAGCCCAUUCAGGGAUGACGUACUGCUGCAUCGCCGCUUUGAGUCUUCUUGCUGCCGAAGACGAAUCGUUGCGAUGGGAGAGACGAGACAAAGCCCUGGCAUGGUUGGCGCAUCGGCAAGUAGCGCCCUCCCAAAGCGAACACACCGCAACAACAACAGCACAGGCAACACAAGAGGCAUCCGGGUCCAACUCAGAAGACGACGAAGAAGAAACACCAGAGCUCACCGGCGGCUUUCAAGGGCGACCGGAAAAGCUACCACCGGACGUCUGCUAUUCCUUCUGGAACGGUGCAGCGCUCUCGCUGCUCGGCAGCCACCAGUUGAUCGAUGCACAAGCCGAUGCGGGUUACGUCUUGUCGGCCCAGAGCAAGGUGGGUGGCAUCGCCAAGAUUCCCGAUGAACAUCCUGACCUGCUGCAUACGUACUUGGGACUUGCGUCGCUAUCGUUGCAUCAGUCUGGAUCGAAAGCGGUCAAAUCAGGUGAUGAAUUGGGCGACAGCAUCGAGUUUGGAUUGAACCGAUUGGAUGCAGCGUACAAUUGCACUCUGACGGCCAAGGAGUGGAUAGGAAAGCAUCUGACUCGGUCGUUGUAA